UGCCAACGUGUACGCGUGAACGACUCCGAGGCGUUUGCGUACUUGAACUCGAUAGCAACUGGAAUAUUGCGCUAGUACCGAGUACCAGUCGUCGACAUUGUGCCAUCCAUCCAUCAUGAGGGUUCCCAAACUGACUAGGACCAGGUUCAUUCUACUGUGGGGUGCGGGUGUCGUCUUGUUCUUCCUCAUCAGCUGGAAAUCUUACUUCAAAUCAGGUGAAAAGGUGCAGAGUGGACAGUAUGUUGCCAGUGAGCGGAAAAGUUCCGAUAACGCCCAGAUCCCAGGCUGGAAUGCCAACGUACUUGAUGCAAAGGUCCAGGUGCACCAGGGCAUGCAGCCUCCUUCCUCUGUUCUAGAUGCCAGGAAGCCAAAGCUAGACGCUCACCAAGACCCAAACAUCAUUGAGUUGGAACGACCUGAUGUUGCUAAAGACAUCAACGGCAUUCCGCCCCCUCUGGAAGAUGAUGGCAGGCUCAGACCAGAUGCUAAGAUCCCGAAUCGAUUAAACCACAACUACUUUCUGGCCGUGCCUCGUCAAGAGACGGACGAUGACAGCAAGUCUUUCAGUAGAGAUGAAGGGCCGGAUGAUGAAGACUCGAGCACCCAAUCAUCGGACGUCUCAUCUCAAGAUGAUCAAAAUGCGGAGGUUGUUGUGAAAAGAGAGAAUCCUGCACAGGCUGGAUUGUUUGAUGAUAACAACCGUUCUGUGCCUCGAAAUUCUCCCUUUCAUCAGGAUGAAGAGAAAGACAAGGUUGCUUUGGCAACAGUGAAACCUUCUAAAGAAGGGUUAUACGAGAAAAAAAUCCAUCAGCCUCAGAAUGCUCUUUUGUUUUCUGAAAGUCAGAAAGAUGUUUUGCCUCAUCAAAAGCAAAACCCACCCCAGCCCCCACAAGAUGCUCAAACUUUGCCCAAAGUCUUCCAUGUGGACAGAAAUGAUGGCAGAAUUGAUGUGCCGUAUACAGUGCCAACUUACUCUACUCUAGGUGUCGUGCCUAAAGACCGAAUGACAAAUGAGGUUUCUCAAGACAUGGCCAAGUCCUCUGACUCUGGCUUGCUCAACAAAGAGCACGUCCACUAUCCAUCGGCAAAUGUCUCUCAGGAUGAGCUUGAUAAAUGGCAAAGGCAAGUUCUGCCCUCUGGUGUGCUUCAUGGAGAGAUGACGGAUGCUGUUGCUACAGCUUCUGAGGCAGGGAAAAUUCCUGUGGUCAACAGGAAGCCAGUCGACUCUCAGCCACCUAGGUCUCGUUUUGCAGAGAGCAAUAAUCCAGUGUCUCAUGAAGAGCCAAAACAACUUGUCCCUGUCUUUCAGCCUCAUGGAGGAAGAAGAGACCAAGUUGCCAAGGAUACCGUGAUGCCAAAUGAAGAACGCAUCCCUCAUCCACCUCCAGACACGCAACUUGAUGAGCACAUAGUUGUCACCAAGAAGCCAAUAAGAGCAGGUUUUCAUAAAGACGGUGAAACCCUUCUUGCAAAUGCCAGUGAACACCUUGAAAGAGAGAACACAAAAGUUGUUCCUGAUAUAUCCAAGUCAUCAGAUGACUCUAAAUUUCACAGUGGUCUCAAUCUUGCCAACGUAGCAAAUCGGGACCCAAGUCUGUCCAAUGUGAUAAUGAACCAACCUGGCCGCGAUGACAACAUUGCCUACAGAAUCCCUGGCAGAAACCUGCCAAGGAAGAUCACUAUCCAGAAGGAUGGAAGGCCGGUACCACCAAAUGCAGCUCAACUGAGGAGUGGUUUGGAGUUAAGACAAUCCGAAAAGCCUGUCGUGUCCAGAGAGAUACAAGUAAAUAGUCACAAAAGUACUGGACUACAUGGAAAGGUUGUUCCACCUGAGAAUGAAAGUGAAGAGGAGUUCAUGCAGCGUAUGGAGACAGUUCAAAGAGAACGACGCGACCGAAUCAGGCAGCAGUGCCAGACGAGAUACAACCUGACCCCCUUAGACUACCAGCGUGAUCGUCAGAAGAUACUCUUGUGGAAGAAGUAUUACGAGCAUGCCUAUGCCAACGACGACCACCAGUUCAUCAUUUGCCGCGAGCUCAAAGCAGCCUCCUUCAGUUGGCGCAAAGUCAUGAUCUCCCUCUAUACCAAGGGAAGUCUCCAGUUUCGGCGCUCGCAGAAGAUGGGCGAUUUUCCCAUAAGGGACUACGAUGAUGAAACCUUCAUGUUUAAGCUGCAGAACUACAAGAAGAUCUUGUUUGUCCGGGAGCCCUUUGCGCGUUUCCUGUCAGCGUACCGAGACAAGUAUGUCGAGCUGCGUCACUUCCCAUACUACCGGCCCAUCGGAAUGUCCAUCAUCCAGAAGUACCGUAAGAAUCCCACGCCAGCAGAGAUCCAGUCGGGAAGACCGACCUUUGAGGAGUUCACAAGAUGGGUGGUUGCAGAGGAGGUCCCUGAAGGAGACUUCCACUGGCGACCUCUCUUCAACUGGGCCCACCCUUGCCACAUCUCGUACGACUUCAUCGGGAAGGUGGAGACGGCCACUGAGGAUACAAAGUACAUCUUCAAGAUGGUUGGGAUUGAUAAGCUUGAGACGUUCCCGUCAACCGAGACGCAUCAUAAAUUCAGCUCCAGCGCAGAUGUUCUUGAGGAGUUUUACUCCCAACUGCCGCCCGAUCUUUUGCCUCAACUCGUCAACCGAUACAAAGAGGAAUUUGAGCUGUUUGAUUAUCCCAUACCACAAAAGAUAAGCGAUAUUUGGACCAAAAGGUAGAAUACUCUGGUUUAGAAAACCAAGGCAAGCCCUAAGUUAGUAUCUUGGCCUCAUUUGAUUUUUUUGUGUGCGCCACAGAAAAUUGCCCUUUCAGAAUCAUAAAGGACAUAAAGGUACAAUGUAUGGCUUAUUUAGCUGCCUUUUUUGUUGUUACCGAUACUAAAUGGUGAUCUGAAUCCAAGGUGCUACGUUGAGACUUAGAGCUAUUUCGAAUUAAUUUAUUUUUGUGUGCCAAGGUUAAACCAAGAAGUUACUAACUUAUUUUGCUUCGUUCUUAAAAUAAAAUCAUGUUGUGCUCAAAUUUUGUUUUCCAUUACAACUACAACUUAAAAAUAGGCUGCAUAUUUAUGCCGUAAAACAGCAAAUGGGAACUUCCCUUUACUUGGACAUCCAUAUUUUAUGAAUUAGUGUAAUAACUGUUUGAAAACAUACUCGUAUUCGAAUGCAUGAAUUUUACUAUGUAUCAAUCUUUUGCCACUGCAGACAACUUUUUAUAAUGUUUUAUAAUGCCAUUUUAUAGUCUUGCAGAGCAAACUUGUCUGCCAUGAAGUAUUAUUAAUACAGACUGUUUUCGUUUUGAAUGCUUUUAUCAAGUUUUUUUUGUAUUAUAUGUGAGUUAAGUCCUUUUUAGAAAGAAUGCUGCAUCCAGACGCCAAUUCUUGGUUGUUUGAGUCGAGCGAAUUUUCAAAUUAUUUUUUAACAAAAUUGGAUAUGUUUCUCAGUCCCAAAUUAAUGUCUCUUCAACUUUUUUUGCAAUGACUGACCUUCAUUGAGGUAAUACAUUUAUUAUCAUGAAAAAAAGUGGCUUCAGGAUGCAACUUUCUUUCCCAUCUGUUUACAUUGUUUUAAAUUAUAAGACGUAGAUACAGCAUUUUCAGUAUUAAUUAUCAUGAUAUCAAGUGAGUUUUAAGCUGUUAUAAAGACUAGAGCAAGUGCAAGCUCGUUUUUUGCAUAAGUUAUAGUGGGAUUGUUUGAAAUUGUACACGUAGCUCAAUAGUUUGUUGUGUAGUAGUUUACAGCUAAUAUACAACAUUUGCUAUUGCUGUAUUUUAUAGCAAUGGAUGGAUUUGGGUGUUUGUAUUUUAUAGCAAAUUUGAUUAAACUGACCCGUUUAAUGUUUUGUGAUCAUAGAUGCUGGAAAAAAAAUAUGCCGUUCUAGUAGUCUGGUUCCCUGUCCCUACUUCGGAGACAAUGAAACAGUUUAUUGACUUCGGAAAAUAGUCACGUCAGGCAACCAGACUAUAGCUGGCUUGCACCAGUUCACGGAUGUGUAACCGAUUGCAAAGAAAUGUGGACUAAACUAAAUUUUGUAAACUGCGGACAGUAUUUGAUUUUUAAAAACUGAGUAAGUUUUUGAUACCAAAACUACUUCUUGUUGAAAAUGACUGCAAACCAGGUACCAUGAUUUCACAGGAUGCUAGAUAAUAUUUAAUAAUAAUUUGGUGGUUAUUGUUCCUUGUUUGCAAAUUUAAUGUUGUAUAUUACCUUUAACAAUAGGUUUAAAACCAUUGAGAUACAUUUCAAGUCAAACGUUUUAUAAAACACCGGCUGAAGUAUUUUAAAACUUCAAUUAAAACAGGCAUGUAAUACCGUUUCCUCAACAGUUAA